AUGUCUGCUGGAACAAUGUUCUCAACUAGAUCGGUAGACGUCACAGAUACUGGUAAACUAAUCCACAAAUUUCAACUAUUUUUGACAUCAAUGGUAAUAACUUUGAGAUAAUUUAAUUUUUUUAAGUUUUAUGUUCUCUCUUAAGGGAAAACUCAAGUAUUUAAGUGGUUUUCCCGUUUCAAAAGUGGUGAAAUGUCGAUAGACGACCAAGCUCGCUCUGGACGUCCUUCGACGGCGCAAACCAACGGAAAUGUAGAAAAAAUUCACAAAAUUAUCCUGGAAGAUCGNGAAGUAGUGGAGAGAUCUGGUGUGAGAUGGAGUUCAGUACAGAGAAUUUUAGGUGAAGAUUUAUUUGGGGAUGAGACGGGUGGCUGCAAAAUUUGUUCCUCGACUGCUAACUGAGCAGCAAAAACAAGGCCGCGUGGAAUCAUGCUCUUCUUUGAAAGAAGAAUUCCAAAAUAACACAAACUUUUUUUCCAAGGUCAUUACGGGUGACGAAUCAUGGUGCUAUGAAUAUGAUCCUGAAAACAAGCAACAAUUGAGCCAAUGGAAGUCUCCAGCAUCGCCUCGCUCUAAAAAAGCUCGUCAAGUGAGGUCAAACAUUAAGACAAUGCUCAUUUGUUAUUUUGAUAUGAGGAGUCGUCCAUUCGGAGUUUGUUCCACCUGGUCAGACAGUUAACCAGGCAUUUUACCUAGAGGUGUUAAAAGAUUAAAAAGACCUGAUUUGUGGCAGUCAGGAGACUGGUUUUUUCAUCACGACAAUGCUCCUGCUCACACAACCCUUUCUGUACGGCGGUUUUUGACCAAAAAUGAUAUGACCACUGUGUCCCAUCCACCCUAUUCACCCGACCUGUUUCCCUGCGUCUUUUUUUUAUUCCCUAGAAAGAAAAUGAACAUGAAAGGAAAACGUUUCGUGGACAUUGAUAAAGUUAAAAAAAAAAAAACGACGGAGGCGUUGGCAGGCAUCACAAAAGAUGAGAUUAAAAAGUGCUUAAAAAAUUGGAACAAAAGAUUGGCCAAGUGCAUUAACUCCAACGGAGAGUACUUUGAAGGAGAUUAA